AUGAACAGGCUGGGGCGGAAGGACAACGAGACCCUCAUAGAGAUGUCGCUGGCCACGGAUGAUAAUAUUGCAGUUCUCACCAAGUUCAAGCCAUCAAGGUCAGCAGGGGAAGAUAGCAAUGGACCUUUGUGUGAAACUAUUUCAAACACAGAAUCAGAACUUCCAAGCAACUCUGAGGGCCUAAGCAGCACUGAGACUUCUUUACUCAUCCCUGAUCAUCAAGUGACCGGAAGGAGAUACAAUCUGUUCCUGAAGCAACGUCUCAGGAUUAACAAGAGACACCAAAGCAAAGAUUCUGUUUUCUUCAGGGAUGGUGUCCGACGAAUUGACUUUGUACUUUCUUAUCUGGAUGAUCCAAAUAAAGAAGAGGAAAAGAAGGCAGAAAGAAGGCGAGAAUUUGAAAAGAAUCUACAAAAGGCUGGUCUGGAACUAGAAACAGAAGACAAAAAGGAAUCUGAAGAUGGCAAAACUUAUUUUGUGAAGAUCCAUGCCCCAUGGGAGGUUCUGAUCACAUAUGCUGAAGUGCUGAACAUUAAAGCACCCAUCAAGGAAAAUGAUAUUCCCCCUACUGUAGAGAACCCAUUGGACUGUAUGCUUGGACCAUUUAGGCUACCGGAGAAGGUGAUGCACCCUGAACCAGACUACUUCACGGCACCCUUCAGCAAAAGUAGGCAGGAGCUCUACCUCAUUGACAAUGAGAACACCUUCUUCUCACCAUCCAGGAGAAACAGAAUAGUGUACUAUAUCCUAACACGGUGCCCCUAUGGAACAGAAGAAGGGAAGAAAAAGUUUGGAAUUAAAAGAUUGUUAAGUAAUGGCACCUACACAGCUGCUUACCCUCUCCAUGAUUGCCAAUACUGGAAGAAGGCAAAUGAUCCAAACUGUGACAAUGAGAGAUACACAUUGUACAUGGAAUGGGCCAGGUUUUUACGGUUUUACAAGGAGCAGCCUUUGGAUCUCAUUAGGAAGUACUAUGGAGAGAAGAUUGGAAUCUAUUUUGCCUGGCUGGGUUUCUACACAGAAAUGCUGUUCUUUGCAGCAGUGGUUGGCUUAAUCUGUUUUCUCUAUGGUUUGUUUACAAUGGAUGAAAAUAUGAGCAGCACAGAAAUCUGUGCCCCUGCGAUUGGAGGAGAGAUCAUCAUGUGUCCUCUUUGUGAUGAGAAGUGUGAGUACUGGAAGCUAAACACCACAUGUGAAUCCUCAAAGUACUCCCAUUUGUUUGAUAACGUGGCAACACUUUUUUUUGCAAUUUUCAUGGGCAUAUGGGUAACACUUUUCUUGGAGUUUUGGAAGCGGCGACAAGCUAGACUCAAAUACGAAUGGGAUUUGGUUGAUUUUGAAGAGGAACAGCAACAGCUCCAGCUGAGGCCAGAAUAUGAAGCCAAAUGUACCCGCAAGAAAAAGAAUCCAGUGACUCAGGAGAUGGAGCCUUAUUUGCCUCUAACUAGCCAGGCUGUACGGUUCUGCAUCUCAGGAACUACAGUGUUGUUCUGGAUCUCUCUGAUCAUAGCUAGUAUGAUAGCUGUGAUAGUGUACCGUCUUGCAGUCUAUGCUGCCUUUGCCAGCAUCAUGGAGAAUACACAAACUCUGCAACCCAUCAGUGGAUUACUGACCCCACAGCUGGCAACUUCAGUCACUGCAUCGUGCCUGAACUUUGUCAUCAUCAUGAUACUGAAUUUCUUAUAUGAGAAAAUAGCUGUCUGGAUCACUGAUAUGGAGAUCCCAAGAACUCACCUGGAGUAUGAGAACAGACUCACUAUGAAGAUGUUCCUGUUCCAGUUUGUCAACUACUACUCAUCCUGCUUCUAUGUGGCUUUCUUCAAAGGGAAAUUUGUGGGAUACCCUGGCACAUAUACAUACAUGUUUAGUCGCUGGAGAAACGAAGAGUGUGAUCCUGCAGGCUGCCUGAUUGAAUUGACAACACAGCUCACCAUAGUUAUGGCCGGCAAACAGAUUUGGGGAAAUAUACAAGAGGCCAUUGUACCCUGGAUUUGGAAUUGGUGGGGACGCAGGAAAGCCAGAUGUAAUCCAGAGAAUUUAUAUAGUCGCUGGGAGCAGGAUCAUGAUCUGCAGAGCUUUGGAGCCUUGGGGCUAUUCUAUGAAUAUCUAGAAAUGGUCAUUCAGUUCGGAUUUAUUACUCUGUUUGUGGCCUCUUUUCCACUGGCUCCCCUUCUUGCACUGAUGAAUAAUAUCUUGGAGAUUCGAGUAGAUUCCUGGAAGCUUACCACUCAGUUCAGGAGGCCUGUUGCUGCCAAAGCCCACAGUAUAGGAGUUUGGCAAGAAAUUCUAAAUGGAAUGGCCAUCUUGUCUGUUGUCACUAACGCCUUUAUUGUAGCCUUCACAUCUGAUAUGAUCCCUCGUUUAGUUUACUACUAUGCCUAUUUUACAAAUGAAGAUUCGCCCAUGUCUGGAUACAUUAACAACAGUCUAUCUGUGUUCCAAGUCUCAGAUUUUCUAGAGGGAAAAAGGCCUGAAAAUAAUCCAGAGAACUUUCUCACAUGCAGGUACAGAGACUAUCGAUAUCCACCAGGCCACGAGAAGAAAUAUUUACACACUAUGCAGUUUUGGCACAUUCUUGCUGCAAAAAUGGCCUUUAUCAUUAUAAUGGAGCAUAUUGUGUUCAUUGUCAAAUUCUUUGUGGCCUGGAUGAUUCCAGACGUUCCAGCAGAGGUGAAAGCCAGAAUAAAACGUGAAAAGUUCUUAACUCAAAAAAUCCUGCAUGAAUAUGAACUCAAUAAGCUGAAGCAGAAACUGUGUGAAUGCAAGACGUAUGAAAACAUGGAAAAGGAAGUAAUUGCCACAGAAGGAAAAGUGGAGUUAUCCGAGGCAAUGUAG